AUGCAACCGCUCUGUAAGCCCCUCAGGCCAGCUCCAGAGAAAAACUGCACGGCUCUGAAGCCUGCAGGCCGGAAGUGUAAGCUCCACAAGACGGAAAGCCGGCAGAGGACGCCGCGGAAGAAGACUUGGGAUGAGGAAAUGACAGAAUUAUUCUGUGAAUUUAGGCCAGGGCCUCCCACAAAUUCAUUAGUACUCAACAGUGAAAAGCAACCACGGUUAUUCAGACUAUGGGAUAUUAGCCAGAAGUUCCUCUUCCUGGUGAACAACAUUCUAGUAGCAAGCUCACAACAGUCUGGCUCAUCAGACCAGUUAAUAGCGGUGGUCCCCAAUCUCUCUCUAAAUCCAGCGAACCAACCCAUCUUUAUGGGCCUCAGCGACAAUACACGUGCACUGAACUGUGUGUUGGCUGGCAAGGGUCAACCAAAGCUACAGUUAGUGGAGAGAGAUAUAAUGGAUCUUUAUAGAGCAAAUGAGGAAUUCAAGAGUUUCACUUUCUACAGUAAUACUGAAGGCAACGAUGAGACUUGCUCUUUCGAAUCUGCUGCUUUUCCUGGCUGGUUCCUAAGCACUCGGGAGGAGCCAAACAGGCCUCUUGAUUUGAGUCGAGGUGGAGCUCACUGCAUCACUUCAUUUUAUUUUGAAAGGAAGGACUCCGUUAAAUAGUCCAGAACCAUUGCUUUCGAGGGAAAGAAGAGAGGAAGAAUUUGCAGGCUGUAUGCUAAUAUAUUCAAUGUGUGGCCGAGUGAAAAAUGUGAAAAAUGGUUUAGCCCUUUCUCCCCUGCCUUGUUGUUACUAGAUUCAAGGGCUUAAUAAAAGCUCCCAUUGGCUUCCUCUUUCUUUUCUGGUUACAGUCCUGUUGAAAAUAUGCACCUCCCUCUCUGCUAUU